AAAAAAGUACUUGAAUGGGAACCAAUAUUGGACAGGGAACCAGAUUACGAUAAAUAACAGUUAGUUUCCUCAUACCUGCCUCCGUAUACAAUUAGACGCUUGAAAACUCAUACCAACAUUUCUUGCAUUAUGAGAUGACAUAGUUAUAGAUAGCAGUUUGGAGAGGAGAAAAAAGUAUGUCAGGAGUGUUUCACUACCAGUCAAUGGAUUCCCCGGAUCUCAGAGGUUCUGGAGAUGCAGGUGUGUCUGGACACCGGAGUAUGGGCAAUGGUCGCAAUGGAAAUGGUAGAAUGUCUCCCUCGUCACCACUCAAACUGUUUGGUCAAGCCAAAAAGAACAUCAAUAAAAUAUUCAAAGAUGUGCUAGAUUUUUUAAGUGAAGCUGACACUUUUGUUGAAGGUAUAGAAACAUCAGGUUAUAUAGAAGGUGUGGAAUGCCUGGAGCAUGUUAAAGAAUAUAGAGAGAGGGUUUGUGGUAUCAUAGAAGUACUGUCUAGAGAUCAUAUGAAAGUUGUGUUUUUUGGAAGGUCAAUGAAUAGGAAAUCUUCAAACAAUAAUGCUAUGUUUCGAGAGAAAAUUUACCAACGGGAUAGGAACACAACCCAAUGUUUUCCUCAAGUAGAAGGGUCAGAUUCACAUGAGGGGUAUUUCUCCCCAAAGGGGACAGACAAACCAAAAUUUUUGUUUCAGUCAAUAAAGCAGUUAGCAAGUGCUCUUAGCAAUGUCAAGUUGAAGGAGAAUUCACUGAUAAGAAUAUUGUGGCCAAAAAACAAGUGUCGAUUGCUGAGGGAAGAUGUUGUUCUUGUUGACAGCCCAGGCAUUGAUGUAACACCAGAUUUAGAUUUGUGGAUUGACAAGUUCUGUCUGGAUGCAGAUGUUUUUGUACUUGUGUCUAAUGCUGAAUCAACUCUCAUGCAGACAGAAAAGAAUUUCUUUCACAAAGUCAGUGCAAGAUUGUCCAAGCCAAACAUAUUUAUACUUCAAAAUCGUUGGGACAUAUCAGCUUUUGAAGAUGAUGUUGAUCAAGUGAAACAGCAACACUUAGAUCGUAAUCUUCAGUUUUUGUGUGACGAGUUAACAUUGAUGGAUCAUAAAGAGGGUAUGGAGAGAGUGUUCUUUGUUUCAUCACGGGAGGCACUGGCUGCACGUCUAAAGGAGAGUGGGACACCUACACCAACUGGUGUGUUACAAGAAGGCUUCCAGGAAAGGUUGUUUACCUUUGCAAACUUUGAAAGAGUUUUUGAGGAGUGCAUAUCUAAGUCUGCAGUUCGCACCAAGUUUGAGCAGCAUACAAACAGGGGGAAGAGCAUUAUAACAGAUCUCCGAAAACUUAUGGAAGACAUUCUCAAGAAAAGUCAAGAACAAAUGGAUGGUACAAAGAAAACACGGCGUGAGAUGGCAGAUGAGCUAGACUACAUGGAGAAGCAACUAUUGUUGUUGACAACUGAAAUUAAGGAUAAGAUAAAAGGAAUGGUAGAAGAUGUUGAGAGAAAGGUUGCAAGCACACUAAAUGAUGAAAUAAAAAGAUUGGCCAUUCUUGUUGAUGAGUUUGAGAGACCUUUUCAUGCAGACCAAACUUCUUUAAACAUUUAUAAAAAGGAGCUGCAUGUGCAUAUAGAACAAGGCCUUGGUAGGAAUGUACAAGCUAAAUGUUCCACUGCUCUUAUGUCAGCAUUAGAGAUAACUCAAAGAGAAAUGACUGAGAGAUUAUCAGCCCUUCUCCCACAAGAAGCUCAGCAACAGAUACACACAGUGCUGCCGAAGAGAGAUGAUUUUGAGAUCGCAUACAGACUGGACUGCCGCAACCUGUGUUCCGAGUUUCAGGAAGACAUUUCUUUCCACUUCUCAUUAGGACCCAUGAAUCUCUUUAGUAAACUGAUGGGAAGAAAUAGGUUUGGUAUAUCCAAGCAGUCACAUCAUUUUGAUGCAAUACCAAGGAACAUUCCGAUGACCCCACAGGAGCCCCGCCAGUUUCCCAGUGAACAAGAUAAUGAGGCCUUACUUGCAUUGCUUACAGUUGGUAAAAAUAUUGGCCAGAGGUCAGCAAUUGCUGUUCUUGUUAUUGGAGGAGUGAUUUAUAAAGCCGUUGGUUGGAAGGUACUGGCUGUAGUUGGUGGUAUGUAUACUGCAGUCUACUGUUACGAACGUCUUACUUGGACGAACAAGGCUAAAGAAAGAGCGUUUAAAUCUCAGUAUGUGGACUAUGCAAUUAGUAAACUUCGACUGAUUGUAGACCUCACAAGUUCAAACUGUAGCCAUCAAGUUCAACACUCUGGUUAUUCCAAUCAACAAAACAGUAACUGUUGGAAUAACAUUGAAAGAGGAAAAGGAAUAUCCAGGCCAGGAUUCAUCAAUUUCAUGCAAAUGGUAUCACAGAUGUGGUUCAAAGAAAAUGCUGACAGACUGACAGAAGAUGAGUGAUCACAUAUCACCUUAAGCAUGUUGUACUCUUAUGAAUUAACGAGCAAAUUGUAAAUAUGUAUCCCCCAAAGAAUGGGUUUGUGGUGAGAAAUGGCAAAGAAAUAUACCCGGCAAAAAGUUAACCUUGGAUGUUACUAAGAAGCAAAUAGUUUCAUUGGUCAAGAUCAAUUUAACAGAAAACGAAUGUUUUAAGUGUACAUAAUAAAUGAAGGAAUAAAAAACAAGAGAGCCAGACUGUUGCAAAAUACACCCGUCAUCGAACUUGGCCUAGUUUAAGGGCCAUAAUCCAAGAGUGCUUUGAUCAGUUUGGCUGGUUAUCGAACUUGGCCGAGAUAUUAUGCCCACAAACAUUGUCAUCAAGUUUGGUGAAGAUCAGAUGAAAAUUGUUAGACUUAGAGAGCGGACAGGGCUAUUAUUAUUUCACAGUUUCUCGAGUAAUUCAAGGGGCCACAAUCCAAGAGUGCCUGGGGCGAUUUGGCUGGUUAUCAAAUUUGGCCGAGAUAUUAUGCCCACAAACAUUUCACCCAGUUUGGUGAAAAUCGGAUGAAAACUGUUCGACUUAGAGAACAGACAAGGCUAAAUUCGCAGAUUUCAAGUAAUUAAAGGGCCAUAAUCCAGGAGUGCCUGGGUUGAUUUGGCUGGUUAUCGAACUUGGCCGAGAUAUUAUGCCAACAAACAUUAUCUGCAAUUUGGGGAAGAUCAGAUGAAAACAGUUCGACUUAGAUAGCGGACAUGCUUUUGGACGCUGCCAGCCACGGGUGUUCACAGAAUACAUCCGCUCUUUCAGAGACAGGCGUAUAAAAAAGAAGAGGGGGAUGGGGUUUCAAAACUUCAAAUGUUGAUAAUAAAUAUUGAUGGAAAAUAAAAAAUUAAGAAACAAAAAAAUAUUGUUGUUGGAGGGAUGGGGUGCAUGAUCAGGGUGGUGGUGGUGACUGGGUUGAGGAGUGGGGGGGGGGGGGGGGAGCGUACAACUGUAUAAACUUUUACCUUGCAUUUACCUACAUGCCUGUAUGAUGCAAGUUAAAAGGAACAAGCAAAUGAUGAAUUGGUAUCCCCCAGCUGAAUUGGUUUGCAGCAAAAAAAACCUGAAUUUUUUUUUAUUGGGGGUGGGAGUGACUGGGAAAGGGAGCGAGGUGGGGAAAGGGUAAACUUUGCAUGUUGAGAAAUAGUCAUGGAAGGUUUAUGGUUUAAAAAAAAAUUGGGGGGAGCCCUAGAGCUUAGAUAUUUGACAUGUAGCAUUGCCUAGUGGACCUCUACUAAAGUUGUUCAAAUCAUGACCCCGGGGUCAAAAUUGACCCCGCCCUAGGGGUCACUUGAUUUUACAUACGAAAAUCUUCAAAAAAUUUCUAAAAAUAAA